AUGACGUUGGACUUCUACUACAUGUCUGGUUCGCCGCCGUGCGCCGUCGUCUCGCUGGUGUUCGCAACAGUGGGCAUCGAGUCCAGGGUCAAGUCCCACAGCGUGGACCUAAUGGGCAAGGAGCAAUUGUCGCCGCAAUACUUAAAGUUGAACCCGCAACACACGUGCCCCACUAUAGUGGACGACGGCUUCGUACUGUGGGAGAGCCGCGCCAUCGCCAAGUACUUGGUGGGCAAAUAUGGCGGCGACCUGUACCCUGAGGACUUGAAGACGCGAGCUAUCAUCGACCAGAGGCUAGACUUCGACUGCGGGACCCUGUACGCGAGGCUCGCCGAAUAUUACUAUGCACCGUUCCUGUUCGGCGAGCCCAUGGAUGAGAAGAAACUGGCCAGUCUGCACGAAGCUCUCGUCGUCCUGAACUCCUUCCUAGAAGGCACCAAAUACGCCGCCGGCUCGGCUCUUACUCUGGCGGACUACUGCCUCGCCGUUACAGUGUCCGUGAUCGAGACAGCGGACAUUAGCGUCCAGGAUUACCCCAAAAUCGUCAGAUGGCACGCCCUCGUAAAAUCGACAAUACCCAAGUACGAAGAAAUAAUCGGUAAAUACAUGCAAGAUUUCAAAGACUACAUUGACAACCUGACCAAGGAA